GCGUUCAUGUCCAUGUUUCAGAUUUUGACGCAGGAAGGCUGGACGGAGGUGAUGAAUGAGACCAUUCUCAGGUCCGGUAGGAAAAUUGGCCCCUUGGUGGCAAUUUACUUUAUCCUCUAUCAUCUCUUUGUGUCUUUGAUCGUGCUCUCCCUCUUCGUCGCCGUCAUCCUCGAUAACCUCGAGCUCGAUGAGGACAUCAAGAAGGUGAAACAGCUGAAGGCGCGAGAGCAGUCGGCGGGCUUCAACGAAGAGCUCCCCCUGCGACUGCGACUCUUUGAGUCUUUUCCCGACUCGCCGCAGAUGACCCGCCUUCACAAGGCGGCCAAUGAGUUCUGCAUUCCCAAGGUGCGCGACUCAUUCAUGCGUUCCUUCAUCGAGUCGCCGACUACGAACACGGCGACCAAUACGCUGGCCACCUCGGGAACCGGUGCCACAUCGGGCACGGGAACGGGCGCCAUUACGACCGGAGGAGGAGGAGGAGGUGGUGGGGGAAAGGGAAUCAGCGGCCUGGCCACCACUUCCACCGGAUACUUCGGAGGAACGGGUUUGGGAGGUGGUGGUGUUGGUGGCGGUUUUGGCGCCCUGGGAACACUUCACGGCCUGGGAACCUCGACGCUGGCCACCAGCUCGCUGGGACCGAUGGUGGGAAACUACCACUUCUCGGGCACUAGCUCGACGCUGGCCAGCAACAGCACCACCGCCGGCAUUGGAUACAGCGCCAUUGGAAUGCCGCUGUCCGGAACAACGGGAACCGCUGGCGCCGGAUUCGGCGGCUUCAGCAGUCUGGGCGGCAUUCCCGGCAUCUCCAGCUUCACUUCCGGUGUCGGUGGGGGAGGUGCUCCUUUGGGCAGUGUCAUCAGCGGCGGAGUGCAUCGACAGGUUUCCCUCUACAAUGGCUAUCUGGCUGCCGCUGCUGCCACCUCAGCUGCUCAACCUGGAGCUUCUUCUUCCUCAUCUUCGGCUAGAGCCCUUCUUCCGCCUGGAACGGCAGAUGACUUUGGCUCGAAGGCUCAAACCUCGCCCCUACAGCCGCCCACUGCCAACGGCUCCAGCCCGGGCAGCACCUCAAUCAUGAGCGCCUUUGGCCCGCUGAUGCCCGCCGGCAUGAGGCCCUCCUCUUCCGCACUGUUGGCCAUGUCGGCCCACCGAGCCAAGGCGAUCUCACUGCACCACAGCAGCAGCGGUGGUGGUGGUCAUGGUAAGAGUGUUUUUGAUAAAAAAUGCAGCUCAACCGCCCAUCAAACUGCUGAACCCCAUCAGCAAGGGCCGCCACUCGUCGCCUCUACUUCGACGAGUCCAAGUGGCCUGCAUCGUCUCCGACUCAAACGCCCAGCGGCUGCUGUUGGGGGAGAGCGCCGCAGCGGCGGCNUCUCCAGCACCUACUCCCGAACGGUGACCGGCCACCACCACAGCUCAAUGGUGGGCAGCAGGACGGCGAUGAGGCGGUCGGUGAGGGGUCAGCUGAAGGAGGACUACGGCGGCGGCGGCGGCGGCGGGGCGGCGGAAGAGUCGCAGACGGUGCUCGGCAUGGCCUCCGGCGUCUCCGGAAUGGGCGGCGUCGGCACGCUGGGCGCCGGAAUGGGCGUCGGUCCGGGCGGGACCGGUCCCGGGGGAGCGGGCGCCGGCGCUGGAGGCGGCGCGGGCACGGGCACUGGGACGGGCGCAGGAGGAGGAGGCACCGGGGCCGGAGGUGGAGCGGGCGGCGGUCGAGGACAGGACUUUGACUUUAAGAUGCUCCAGCGGAAGCGACAGCAGGCGGAGAUGCGGCGCACUCAGCGAGAGUCGGACCUAAGGGAGAAUCACCCCUUCUUUGACACGCCCCUGUUGAUCGUCGGUCGAGAGUCGGCCUUUCGCAUCGUCUGCCAGUCAAUUGUCAGCGCCAAGUACGACCCGCACAUUCGCGACCCGGUGACGGGCAAGGAGCGGAAGCUGCGGUACAAGGGCGCCCAUGAGCUGCUCGGCCUGGUGCCCUACUGCGACUGGCUGAUGAUCCUCAUCACCACCUUCAGCUGCGCCUCGAUGAUGUGCGAGACGGGCUCGCUGCGGGUGGCCAACACGCCCUGGUUGAUCAUCGCCGAGUACACCUUCAUCAUUGCGAUGGCCAUCGAGCUGACGCUGAAGACGCUGGCCGAUGGACUGCUCUUCACGCCCAAUGCCUACCUCGCCAAUGUGGCCGGCGUCAUGGACUUUAGCAUCUUCGGCGUGUCGGUGCUCUUUAUCUGCGUCCUUCCGGAGAAGGUCCCCAGCGGAAGUUGGCAGCAGACGUUGAUGGUGCUGCGGUGCAUUAGGCCGCUGAGGAUCUUCUCGCUGGUUCCGCAUAUGCGAAAGGUGGUCUACGAGCUGUGUCGAGGCUUCAAGGAGAUCGCUCUCGUAUCAGUGCUGCUCAUUGUACUCCUCUUUGUCUUUGCCUCCGUUGGUGUGCACAUGUUUGGCGGAAAGCUGGCUCGAUGUAAUGAUCCGUGUAUUACGAGAAGGGAAGACUGUGUGGGCGUCUUUAUGCGCCAGGUGCACGUGACGAGGAUGAAGUUUGAGCACCAAAGUAAUGAGAUGCCGGCAGUUUUAGUUCCAAGAGUUUGGGCCAAUCCACGUCGGUUCAACUUUGACUCGCUGGGCAAUGGAAUUUUGGCCCUCUUUGAGGUGCUCUCCUUUAAAGGCUGGCUGGACAUUCGUGAUGUCAUUCUCGCACGGCUCAAUCGCUUUGACGCCAUCUACAUUCACGUCUUCGUCUUCCUCGGCUGCAUGAUCGGCCUGACGCUCUUCGUCGGCGUCGUCAUUGCCAACUACGGCGAGAACAAGGGCACAGCGCUGCUCACCGUCGACCAGCGCCGUUGGUGCGACCUGAAGAAGCGACUGAAGAUCGCCCAGCCGCUUCACCUUCCGCCGCGACCGGACCACCACCAAGGUCGGGCGCUGAUCUACGACAUCACCCAGCACAUUGCCUUCAAGCGGGCCAUCGCCAUUCUGGUGCUGGUCAACAGCAGCCUCCUCUGCGUCAGCUGGGACUACAAGAGCGCCAGUAUGAGGGAGCGGGAAAGUGCCGUCCAGAAGCUGCAGGGAAGCAGCCUGCAGAGCGCCAAAGACAGCGAAGAGGUUCGCUGGUCGCGCAAUCUGGCCAACGUUUCCGCCGGUCUCACUUGUGCGUUUGUGUUUGAGGUUUUCAUGAAGAUGAUCGCCUUCACGCCUCGAGGCUACUGGCAGUCACGGCGCAAUCGCUAUGACCUCUUUGUCACCGUUUGCGGCGUCUUUUGGCUGGCGCUGCACUUUAGCCUGAUGAACGCCACCUCAAACUCAAUUGGCUUCAUUGUGGUCAUUCUGCGCUUCUUCACCAUCACCGGAAAGCACGCCACGCUGAAGAUGCUGAUGUUGACAGUGGCCGUCAGCGUGUACAAGUCCUUCUUCAUUAUCAUGGGCCUCUUUCUGCUGAUCCUCUGCUACGCUCUGGCCGGGGUGAUCCUCUUUGGGUCGGUCAAGUUUGGGGAGAACGUUUCGAGGCAUGCCAACUUUCGAAUCGCUCCAGCGGGCGUCAUCACGCUCUUUCGCAUUGUCACCGGCGAGGACUGGAACAAGAUCAUGCACGACGCCAUGCUCUCGCCGCCCUUCUGCACCCCCGGGGCCAACUUCUGGUCGACCGACUGCGGCAACUACUACGCCUCGCUGGCCUUCUUCUGCUCCUUCUACGUCUGCAUCACCUACAUCGUCCUGAACCUCCUGGUGGCUAUUAUCAUGGAGAACUUCAGUCUCUUCUACUCCAAUGAGGAGGACGCGCUGCUCUCCUACGCCGACAUUCGCAACUUUCAGAACACCUGGAACCUGGUGGACAUCCAGCAGCGUGGGAUGAUUCCCGUCUCCCGGGUGCGAUUCGUCCUGCGCUUGCUCAAGGGCCGCCUCGAGGUGGAGCCCUUCAAAGAUCGGCUUCUCUUCAAGCACAUGUGCCACGAGAUGGAGCGGCUGAACAACGGCGAGGACGUCACCUUCCACGACGUCCUCAACAUGCUCUCCUAUCGAUCGGUGGACAUUCGAAAGUCCCUUCAGCUGGAGGAGCUGCUGGCCCGGGAGGAGCUGGAGUUCCUGAUCGAGGAGGAGGUGGCCAAGGCGACGAUCAGAGCCUGGCUGGAUAAGUGCCUGCGGCGAAUCAAGAAGGAGAAGCAGCACCAGUCGUUGAUUCACUCCCUCCGGGCAACUAAUGAGCCACAGACGGCAACCACCACCGGAAGCGGAAACGCCUUCUUUGGUGGUGGUGGUGGUGGCGGUGGAUCAUCUUUGAUGGGAAAGAGCGGUGAGGAGAAUGAUGGGUUCUCCUUUCUCUUUGACAGCUCGCCUCCACCGGCAAAAAGUGAUUCAGCAACAGCUCAGGUGUCAACUGCAGUCAGUGCCACCUCUACAACAACUCCGCCGCUGGCCACUUCAUCUGCCGCAGCAGCAGCAGCAGCAGCAACUUCUGCAACAACGUCCACUCCACCGUCUUCUUUAGCGCUUUCUUCGUCUACACUGGAGCCCCUGCAGCUUGGUCCGGUGCCCAAGCCGUCGUCGUUGAUCAGAACUCCUACGACUGCAUUAUCAGAUAAGGCGUUUCCAGGAGCGGAAACGUCUAAAGGUGGCACUUCAGAGGCAGCAACUGCUGAUAGUCAAAAGAGAAGUCCACUGAUGACGAUGACUAAACCAGUAGACAGUACCACAGCUGAGACCGGGGAUAAUACGCAGCAGUAUCCACCAAAGUCAAUACUAUCUUCACCGGAAAAGUCGUCCACUUUAGGCCUGGCUAGAGGCCCGUCUGGCUACGGUAAACCACUGAAACCGGUUCCCGCCAUUGAACCACCGCCAUCAUCUUCAGCUGAUCAUCAUCAGCAAUUUCCGCUGGCCCCACCGCCUGUAAAGAGAGUGGAGUUCAAAACGACGCCUGAAGUAGAGAGAAAGAGCUCCUUUAGAUCAUCACGCUCCAGCGGUGGUGAAAGAGAUGAUAAAGGCGCGAGCCAGGAUGAUCAGCCUCGAGGACCUGGACCGUCUCGAGGCCUGGGAAGCAUCAAAAAGGCGCCACCAGUUUCUCGACAGUCCGCUACAAAAGGUUUUGGCAACGGUGGCGGUGGUGGCGGUGACAGUUCAGACACUGGGGACAACUUUCCAGGUGGAACUUCGGCGAUUG